CAUCAUUAGUAGUAUUAUUCAUACCUCUUUGAACUUAGUAGAAAGCCCAAUACAAUUAUUAUCAAGAGCUUCUACAAUUAAUUAGACAAGACUAUAUAUUUAAAACAACAACCAAACCAACCAACUAUUCCGCACUCACGAUUUAUAUCGUUUGACUCAAUUCUAUAAUCCUAUGUUCUUCUCUAUUGUCACCAACAACAACAACAUUAAUAGUAUUAUUAACAAUGACCUUGACAAUGAACCAAACAUUUUAUGCUCCAAGAACAGAUAUUGCCAUUGGCUUUCAGCACCCGUUUAUGAAUCAGCAAGCUACUACAACUAACUUUAUCUACUUUAAGAUGAUGCAAGCACCUUCUUCUUCAUCAGUAGUGCACCAACACUCAACUAUCACAACAACAGUGGUGAAUCAACAAGUGAGUGGCGAAUUAGCCAACUCACAUAAACUAGUCCCAUCGAAAAUCAAAGGAAAGGAACAUUCCACAACAGAAUCAAAUCAACAAGAUUCAAUGGAAGACGAUAAUGACGAUGAUUGGAUCGAUGUCGAUGAAGAUGAUAAUGUCGUCCCAUCUAAACCUAAAUCUAAACAUUUUUACUUUAGACAUUCUGAAGAAAGUGACGAUGAAAGUGAUGAGGAGGACGAAGAAGAGGACAAUGAAGAAAUGGACGAAGACGAUGAAUUUGUAGAUAUUGAAAUUCCAUUCUGGUAUGGCAAUGAAGAUCCAAAACAUAUUGAAUUCGUCAUGAAGGAAUAUUCCUCAUUCCUUCAAUUGAAUAAGGAUAGACAACCAAACAGUAGAAUCCCUAUUCGUUUCAUUGGAAAGAUUGUACGGGAAGCCCUCGAAGAUACAGUCAUUAGUGUCAGAGAUGAGGAUGAUGAAGAUUCUGAUGAAGACGACAGUCUCCACAUGCAAAGAGUUCUCCUUACCUCAGAGACUAUUUAUAUCUAUCAAAAGUCAGUACAAAGCCCUGAACUUUGCUGUAAAUUUGACACUAGUAUCACAGUUCAAACCUUUUACGAUUAUGAAGAAGGGGUUCCAAUCUCAAUCUUGAUUCAACCUGAAACUGAGUGGGAUAUUUCUUCUUUGGAUAAUGUCACACUUUUAGAAUGUUUCCCUUCAUUUGGAUUAGAUCCUUAUGCAUUCGAGUAUGGAAGUCAUCGUGUUGUGGAUACACGACAAAUUCUUCCUCAUACUUUGGAAACAAGUCUUGGGAAUGCUGGCCUCUUUAAUCAAUGCCUCCAAAACUCUGCAGGCUGUUUGGCCAAACUGAAACCAAAACAACAAAAUGAAUCUCCAAAGGCCGAGUGACUAACUGUUUGACUCAUUUUGAGCUCAAACAUAUCACUAGCCUAAGGUUUGUAAAUAGCUCACACACAAAAAACCACAAAACUCUAAAAACAAUAAAAAACCAACACACCUUAUUU